GUUGAUCAAUGGAAGAACAGUUUCCUCAGUCACAUGUACAGACCCUAUGGCUGGUAUCUCGGUGUGAUCGGGACAAGUAUUUGUUACAAUACACAUAGUCUUCGUUAAAAUAAUUUGAAAAGGUCUCAGCUUUCGCCUUAUCUGAUUCAGCUGGGAAAUCUGAAUUUUCGUAUAACAGUAACGGAGAAGGGCCAUCACUACGUUUUAUUUGCCAUUUAACAUAUGAAAACAAUCGUUUAACGCGAUCUUGAAAUCGAAGGUACAUAGCGGAAUUAUCUCCUGUCCAUGACUCUGCAGAGAGUAAGAGUCUCAUUCAACAAUGUGUCUACUCGGUUCUGAAGUAUAGUGUGUGGGAGUUGCUAAUGUACGACCAGUAAAAGUAUCCCAUACUCACACCCUUGAGCAGACCAAUGAUGAUUAAGAUAUAUUGCGCGAAAUUAAAAGUUCAGUGCUCUUUGUGUCAACUGGAUUUGUUCACCAGAUUGUCCCAAUCUCAGUUUUGUAUUGUUUUUGAUUAUUCAUAGUUUCUUUUGUGAAUAAAUCUCAGGAUUAGUCUAAAUAUGUCAACCCCAAGAACAUAUGAAUCAAUGAAGAAACUGCUUGACUGUGCUAAAUUGGAUAUCUCUUUCACAUCAAACAUAUUUCAGUCAGUGAAAUUUGACUAUCCAUUAUUAUCCGAAGAGUACAAAUUGAUUGAAGUGCCAAAUUGGUUAGCCGAUGAAGUAAUUCAUGAAAGAGGGGACCAAGCUAUAACUUUAAAAGAUGAACAUAAAUCUAAUAACACAGGGCGUGUAUUUGCUUGCAUAAGUGACAAAACGUUUUCGGUUAUAGAAGCAAAAACGUCUAAUACGCUCCUUUUAGCCUCUAGUUGGUGGUUGCCUUCAUCCGAUGGGCCUAAAGAGAAUUUAGUACUUGUUACACCAAUUCAAGCUGUCAAAAAUAAUUACUUUGAACUUCAGCAAUGUUCAGCUCCGUCUUUAAAACAACUGAGGCUUUUGUUAUCUCCAUCUCUCUACUAUGGUCCUGUUGAUGAUGAAUGUGAUUCAGAGAAUAAAAGCUCUAGUCUGAACUAUUUUGAUCGUGAUACUGUUGAAACCCGACUGCCAUGCAGUAAGCUGGAGCUUAAUGAGGCGUUUCGACGAUUGCAUGUGUGUGAAAUCAAUGGAUAUUUACGAAUGCUUGAUCAUGAAUACAUGACACAGGUAGUUAGAGAUCUUUUUGCCCUUGCUGAUGAAAAUGCAUGGGACUGGCGUAAAUAUGGCUUCCCUUUGCAUGCCUCAAUAGAAGGCUUGGCAAAUCAGCACCUUCCAAAUAUUACCAAGCAAAUUAUGAUGCUAAUUUGUUCUCAGCUAGAAAAUCGAAAAGCAUUUGAUUCUAAAGAUGUAUACGUUUACCCGCGGAAUUCGAAAAUUUGUCAAAUAGUUGGGGAGCAUCUACUAUCAGUUAUUAGCAGCUUUGACCUAAAUGACUUCUUAACACUGUGGAAAGCAUCAGUUCCCAACGGACUGCGACCGAAGCUUCGUCGUCAUUUAACUUGCGCUGGACGUGCAUAUUGUGAAAUAACACCCUUACCUACAAACGGUACAAGCGUAAAACUGGAAGAACUGCAAGUGAUCAGUCUCUUAUUAGAGAAGAUUCAAAAUACCAGUACAAGAAUGAAUUAAACUUCGCCCCAUUGCACAAGUCAGUGGCUAUCUGGACUCAGUAGCAAAGUGGAUAACGCGAUGGCAUUUGAAGUGAACGGUAAUGGGUCCGAGUCCCGGAGUGAACAUGGAAUCUGAGAUGCAGGUACAUCCAGCUGAAGAGUCCCGAUUAGGAUGAAACGCGCGUCCUGAAUUCCACUGCGAGCCACUAUCUUCUCUGCAUAUAGGAAAUAUUAGUUUAAAAAGAAUGAGUAAAUUUGGAAUGUGCGAUUUAUAGUUUAAGAUUUAUAUGAGGGUAGAGGAAGAACUCAUCGUUAUCAAUCCCACUAAUUUCAAGCCAUAUCUCCUAUGGUCUCCAAUCAAAGAUUACUUCAUGCAUCGAUGAUUCCGCUUGACCAUCAGCUUAGCCAGCACAGCUGAUCCAGUCAGCUGAAAGCAGCCAGUCUGUUGCUUCUGGUGUUUCAUAUGAAUUAAGGCUAUGAGUGAUGGCUGGCCAUCUAUUUCAAUCAAGUGAAAACAGUUUGGCAUCUCGUUCAUACAUCACUAUAGACCAUUCUGGUCACAAUUUUCAUGAUCAGUUUCUGGAGCUGCAGAAUAUGACUGCUUGAUACUUACCGCAUUUGAAUGAUGUAAUUCAGCUACAAAGUACGUGUUUAUAUACCUAGUUUUCAGCUACUUUAGGUAAAGGAUAAUGGUACUUCACAAUUUUUCAAACGGAAAUAGGUCAGGAGGGGUUUGAACAACAACGUGAUGAUUUAAAGACGAGCGAUCUGACCAUUAAGCUACCUCUCUGAGCACCACAUUCCUCACUUUGUCAUGUCAGUUGAUAGGUUCAACUAAUCAAAGCUAUCAGAUGUUGUGUUUCAAUCACUGUGUGCACAAAAUUAUGAGAAAGCAGCUAGUGAAAAAUAUGAUAUAAAAAAUAAUGAAGUUAUUUGGUAAAAAUAAUUUAAGCAAUACAGCUUAAACGUCAUUGUACAACAAUUGUCUCUGAAUUUAUGACCGAUUAUUCAGGAACACUAUGUACUUAUUACUUCAAUAAUCAUGACACACCAUCAAUGGGAAGAUUUUUUAUUUUAUAAAGGUUCUCCAGCUUUCUAGAUAAUUAACUAACAGUUGUUUACAAUAAAGUAUUUUCACGAUUUAAUUCACUAUGAAUCAACAAAACCCUAAUAAUGCGUACAGAAAUUGAAAUCAAAGUUUUCUGUUUCACGUACCUCCUCAGUUGGCCUAAACCUUCUUACAAUCGAAGUCGUAAAUUGUGUUUCGUUUUAACCUAAAAGUAACUCUGUAUAAACUGUUUCAAUACAGAAUGCAUCUAGUCAUUAGUAAAACAAUAAUAAAUUAGAAGUGAUAUUGUUAUCCAGUUGAGGGUAGGAUUUUAGUUAUGUUCAAAAUGAAGUUAAAUCCAUUAUGAUCGCUUUUAGAAUCAACACAAACUCUCGGCUUUUUGAGUUAUUUGAUUUGCUAAUUUGUAAGUCGGUUCAACAAAUGCCCCUAUAAAAUAAUUUCAAGUUUGGCUUACGAUAUCGUCUGUGUAUGUCUUUAUUUGCUGGCUGGACAAGUAACAAUACAAUAAAUAAAAUGGAGUAAAGUUCCAAACUUGUAUUGAUCACUUAAGUAUUAAAUGCAGAUUUGUUUUAAUAGCCAAUCAGUGUAAAACUGCACGUAUAAACAUUAGAGCAAACCAAUGAAGUUAAGCUUAUGUUGAAUCGUAUUAUAGCUUUUCAUUCUAAACAAAUAUAUAAACUAUAGAAACUUGAAAGCUAAGGAAGAUUAAUGAUAUCCUAAUUAUUAAAAUGCAACAAACAUAUCUUCGCCUUAUAUUUUUGUGUAGUCUAUUGAUAUUUAUUCAACAGUGCAAUAAAACUGAUGCUCAGAUAUUUCGCAAUUUAUCGGUUUCUAUUAAAAAACGACUGGAUGACUUAAUCUCAUCAUUAACAAUAGAGGAGCUUGUUGAGCAAAUGGCAAAUGGUGGCGCAGGUCCAACAUACGGUCCUGCACCGGCUAUACCUAGAUUGAAGAUCAAACCCUAUCAAUGGCGUACAAAUCCAAAUCAAGGUCUUUGUACUUCAUUUGUAAGUCACAUUAAUCAAGCUGCCUCGUUUGAUAUACUGGAUGUCUGGAAAAUCGCUUUCGCAAACGGCUUAGAAAUGCGAGCUAAAUGGAAUCAGUUUAGUAAACAAAAUAAUUACCGUGAUAAUACGGGAAUAAAUGUGUUUGCACCGACUGUCAAUCUUCUUCGGCAUCCUCUUUGGGGAAGGAAUAAGGAGACUUACGGGGAAGAUCCAUAUUUGGCGGCUGAAUUAGCUAGAGCAUAUGUACAUGGGAUUAGUGGUUGGAAUGUACCACACGAUGGCUCAAUCAAGGUAAACUUACUAACAAUAAAUCCAAUCAGACAACAUGUUGUAUUGGUUGGUGCAAACUGUAAACACUAUGCUGCGCAUUCCGGACCAGAAAACGAUCCUGUUUCAAGGUUAUCUUUUGAAGCUGAUGUUCCGGAACACGAUUUGUGGAUGACCUAUUUUCCUGCUUUUCGUGCAUGUAUGGAAGCUGGAGCUGUUGGAGUUAUGUGUGCAUAUAGCGGAGUGAAUGGCACACCAGCUUGUGUAAAUCACUGGCUAUUAGAUACUGUACUUCGAAAGCAGUGGAAAUAUCCAGGUUUUGUAAUCAGUGAUGAAGGUGCCUUGCAAUUUUUGAUAUCGAAACAUCAUGUUUAUUCGUCUUUACAAGAAGCUGCUUUAGCUGCAGUUAAAGCCGGUGUAAAUAUAGAAAAUGCAUUACCUAAUAAUGUUAACGUUUAUUCUGAAUUAUUAAACCUUACAAAAUCUGGUAAUGUGACUGAAGAUGAAUUACGAAAUCUAGUUCGUCCUUUGUUCCUUGCUAGAAUUCUAGAAGGUGAAUUAAAUUCGCCAGAAAUGGAUCCAUAUGCUCAUUUAUUGCCCAGUACAGUUGUCAAGAGUGAAAAGCAUAAAUAUUUAUCGUUGGUUACUGCAGCCAAAACAAUGGUACUUUUGAAAAACUCUGAAGAAUUCCUUCCACUUAAAAUGAAACCAGAUACAAAUGAACGGCCGUUAAAACAUGUUGCCUUACUUGGACCAUUUUCAAGAAAUAUCAGUGAAUUGGUUGGAAGUUACACUAAACACAUUGAUCCGGCUGAUACAGUUCCACUGGAUAAAACUCUUGAAAAAAUAAGUGAAAACGUUACUGCUUCAGAUAUUUGCAUUGAUGGUGGGAAGUGUACAAUGUACGACGAUUUAGCUAUCCAAGAAAUACUUUCCCAACCAGAUAUUGACCUUGUUAUCAUAACCAUUGGCACGGGACGAAAUGUUGAAGACGAAGCACAUGAUAGACAUAAUCUGAAUCUACCUGGACAUCAGAAUGAAUUUUUAUUAAGUACACUAGAUAUGGCAGCCGGUCGGGGAUAAUUAGGCGCAAGCCUGUCCCAGUAGUUUUAUUAGUCUUUUCUUCUGGACCAAUUGAUAUUGAGCCAGCAGUGGAAGAUGAAAAUGUUAAAUCCAUAUUUUGGUGUGGUUAUAUGAAUGACAUACUCGGUGAAGUAAUAGUUCGUGUACUGAUGGGAAAUCCUGGUAAACCUUUUGGGCCGUACGCACCGUUGUUACGAUUGGAUCCUGAAUUAUCCGAAAUCGGUAUGUGGGGUAUGGAUAUAGAUGAAGGUUACUGGUGGGUACCAGCGGCUAGAUUACCAUUUACAUGGUACGCAUCAAUUGACGAGUUAGCCAAUAUAACUGUAUAUAAAAUGACAAAUCAGACCUAUCGUUACUUGCCAAGAUCUUGUACCAAGCAACAAAAUGCAUGUAAAAUACCAAUUUUGUAUCCAUUUGGCUAUGGAUUAUCAUACAACAUGCUAUCCCCUUCUCUUAGUGGUAUUGAAUAUUUAGAACUGGAGUUGCCACUGUCUCCGGUUAAACCAAAUCAACCAAUAACUGUUUAUGCAACUGUAGCUAACGAAGGAGAUAUUGCAUGUGAGGAAGUAGUACAACUGUAUAUACAAUGGUUAAAAUGUGGGCAAACUGAUAUAACUAAUGAAGAUCAGUGGGAAUGCACUGCACCUAAUAUUCAAUUGGCAGGCUUUAAACGUAUUCGACUAGAUGUUGGCGAAAAAAGGAUCUUCAUUUUCAAAUAUCCCCAGACCAGUUAAGUGUAUGGUCUAAUCAACAUAAAUCCAUGGUUCCUGGUCAAGGCACUCUCCGUAUAUCAGUUGGAGGACAACAACCUGAUCAACCAGUUACAGUUGGAUCAAACUAUUUGAUUGGUAUAGUUAAAAUAGAUCACAUAUAGCUGGAAAAGGCUUGGAACUUAAAACAAGGAAUGAGUUUGUUAUCAAUUAAUAUUGCUCUAUAUUUGAACUCAAUGGAUAAUGGUUGAUAUUAAAAUAUAUAAUUUGAAUAUAGCAAAAUUUUCUGCUCUUUAAGUAGACGAUUGAUUACAAGAAUUCCUAUUCUAACUCCCCAUAAAAAUAAAAUUUCAUGAACUAUUAUUAUUUGGUAUUUUUAAAAAAGCUGAUAAACAAAAAUGUAAGCUAACGUGAUUGUGCUUGUCGAUUAACUUAUCAUCACUAUUAAACAAAUAAUGGGACUUGAUUAUAUUCCAACUCAUUUGUCAUCUAUCAUUCAGAAAGCGUUAUUAUUAGGGAUACUAUCAAACAGAGAAUAAUUUUCUGCGGUAAACCAAAUUAGGGAAUUACGUGCUACGAAAAAAUUAAGUAAUUCAUCGUUCGAAAUGUAAGUCCUAUUUAGGAAUCCCUGAUUAUGUGACAAAAAAUGGAUCAUUUCUUGAGGCUAACAAGUACUUUUAAUGAUCCUGAAUUAAAGCAAUUAAUUUUAAUCGGACUUUUUCUAUUGAGCUCUGAAGUUAUGUAUGUUGAUCGUGUGAGACACAUAUACUUCAUUAGUUUCCCUUUAAGUACCAAUAAGGCAUUCUUUUUGUUGCUUUAGCAGCCUAUAAAUCUUGGUUCUUUAAGAAGCAGCAGCAUGUGCUAUCCAGUUUCCUACUACUCAACAUGCCCCUCUCUUUUUUUCAGAAGUGAUUCGUGUCGUCACAAAUUUAAAUUUCUCUCAUUGAAAUUCAGCAAAUCUAUUUCACAAUUUUAGAAAACACACACAAUUUAUUUGAAUGCAUGAAUGAAUAAAAUCAUGGUCAUCAAUGAAAGCAGCAAACCAAAAUUAAUUAGUACGACUCUAAUACUCUCAUUAAGAGAUUUGUUGAUAUACACAAAAAAGUGUCUUUAGAUUUCUGACUACUGAAUGUUCUUAAAUGUUGAUUUAUUGACUAAAUUUUGAUAAUCGGUAGAAGUCAAUCUCCACUUAACUAUUACUGAGAAUGUCCUCAAAUGUACUUAAAAUCUUUAAAACUUAACGCAAAAUUGAUUUUCUGAACUGAUAUUUUGGAUUAAUCAUGAUUUUUAAAGCAAGCUUCUGUUCCCGUAGACAAAAUUCGUUUUUUUAGUAUGGUUAAGUAAAAUAUAUAUCAAUAUGAAGUUUUAGACAGUGACUCAUCACUCAAAGUAAGUUGAAAAAUAAGUGAUUCUGACUGACUUGUAUCCCUCACUCUCAAAUUGUAACAAGUCAUUGCUUUUCUUUUAUAUCUUUCAGUCAUUUCGAAUUCCAAGUCUAUGUAACGGUGUAAUCUAUCAAGUAUCUUUAAUGUGUAAGUUUGUUCAUCAUAUAAGUUGAAAACUGUAAAUCGCAUUAUUUUGUCGUGUUUCAUAUAUCACACCAGAAAUUGUUAUUCUUCUAUUUAUCACUGAUUAUUAUUAGUGAUGCCACUAAAUAAUUAAUGCUGAGAUUAGAAUAAAAAAUUUAGAUUCUUCGACAGUAAAUUACUGAAAAAUUCCUGAAAAACUAUACCAUGUAUUUAGAUUAUGUCCACAUAUUUAGUUCAUUUGUGAGUUUAUAUUUAAUAUGUAGUAGCUUAUCAUUAAUUAAAUGUAUGUAUAAAGCCUAAUCGAUCAUGCUAGACUAUGGUGCACGUAUAACAGAUCGAUAAUAGUUGUAACGCAUUUAGACAACUGGCUGAUUUUCUGUGACAUUUUCUUGUUUUAGGUUGUAAUACAGAUUUGGUCACAGAUAGCUAAUAGCCAAAAUAAAUAAUACUAUCUAGUGUGCCUUUUCAUUUAUUCAUUUAUUUGAAACUUCUAAAACCACUUAAUAAAUAGAAAACAUUCAGAACUAAAUGCGAAUUUCUCUCAAAGGUUAUAUAUUCUGCGUCAUAAAGUCAUUUCCAAACAUUUCAUGUGCGUACCACAUCAUAUAGUAUUAGUAUUAAAUCUCAAUAAUUGUGUUAAUUCAGAUGAUCGAAAUGUUCACAAUAAUGAGCUUUUUCUUGUACUCUUGGAUAUGUAGUAGAUGGUAUUCAACUUACUCAAAAUAAACAACUCUAUUUAUCUCAUUGUACUCACAUAAUAAUGUGUAUCUAAGGUUUCUAAAUAUUUUUAAAAGUCAGAUGUGGGUAUAAUCAUUUCUGUAAUAUUGUAACAAAUGGAAAACGUGUUCGAACAAAAUCGUUCAUUUUAAUUAGAAAGUUAGAAUGAUUUCUUUUACUUAAUAAUUUUAUAAAGCAAAAAUGAUAUUGAGGUUAGCUAGAAGCAGUAUUGUCAAAUUGAGACAAAAUAUUAGGGUAUUCAUGAUAUAAGGGAGUCAUUUUCUUUCAUCUAUUAAACACGUAAUACUGAAUUUAGACCAAAGUUGGAUAGUGACUACAUAAAUUCAGGAUGAUUCAUUAUUUCCACAUAGUUUCAAAAACGUGUGUUAAUAGACUUGUUAACUAGAGAAAAAUUUUAAAUAUAACUGGGGCUUAAAAACCUUGAAUUCUUCACAUUCAUAGAUAGGUAGAGAUAUAUCAACCAUGUAUAUAUCAAACCCGUGAAAUAGAUAUAACAUAUCUCCUUAUUAAAAGAUUUAUUCUAAGAAAGCUUUUAUUUGCAAUAUGAAUUUCAUACAAGGUUAUUUGACAUAAUCUUUAAAAUAGAAAUCAACAUCUAGAUUAUCGAUUCAGUUAUUCAACAUUUCGUCAUUUUGACACUCAUGUUUAGCUCCGAAAGGCCCCUUAGCUCAUGUUUAUUUUAAACUAUUUCUAAGUUGCAAAUAAUCAUUCCUGUGAUGCGAUACAGAAACAUGAACAUUUUUUUUCAAUACACUGAUUACCUAGAUAGAUUUUUAUAUCAUCAUUCAAAUUCACAAAUUAGAAGGACGACCUAUGGACUAGUUACAUUGAUAAAGUAGCUGCAUACUAUAAAAGGCAAAUAUUCGGCUUAGCUGAACUAUUGGAAAUGCACAAAUAAAAGUUGUCUACCUGUUGUGUUGUUUUAUUCUGGUGGUCAGGGGAGUAAUUGUGAGAAAACUGCAUUCUGGACCAAUAGUUGUCAAGUAUUUAUGUCGGUUGUUACCUCAUUAUCAUAGUGUCACUGGUUAUUAGACAGUAAUUAGCCCUAUGUUGGAAAUGAAAGCGAAAUUAUCGAUAAUCUGACUAAAUCAUACAAUUCCUGAUAUAAUUACGGGCGCCAGUACAAAACGAGAAACCUAUUCUUUUUGACGUCAUACCUUUAAGAAGAGAAUUUUAAAUUAUUGAUCCACUACUAUUUAGAUUUCGUAAUCCAGUCAGCGUUGAUCCAGUUAUUGUUAUUAGUUCAUUUUAGCUCACAGGAUCUAGGAAAACAACGUGGUAGGUCUUGAUGAAAAACCAUCUUAAUAUUUAUACAUAUGAUUCAUAUUCGUCUUGCUUGUUAGUCAGUCCGUGCCAGCCUACUUAUUAAUUCACAAUAAAACACAAACUAUUAACAAAUGUUGUUAUUUUAUGUUAUUGUUCGUAAAACGAUAAUAUUUUUAAGUAGGUAUUGGUAGCAGACAGAAGAUAAUGUCCUUCAGUUGUUGUUCCUGUUUUACAUAAAUUAUUUAUUAAAUGAAAGCUAAAGGAGAUAUAAGAAUUCUUCAAAACAAAUGGCGAAGUACUUGUGCGACUUGCGAAAACAGUUUAGUUACAACUUCCCUUGUUUAGGUCCACUUAACAGACGAUUAUGGUUUACAAUCUUCGUUUACUAAAAAUUAGUUUUUGUAUCGUAUUCCAUGACUUUCGUUAAAUGUAACUCCCAAGUCUUUUCUAAAAUAGGCAGUAUAACACUCACUUUGCCAAAAGCUCCAUCAAUGCCUGGUCCUAUGUUCAGGAUGAUAAAGGAGGAGAGUACCGUAGAGAGUCAAUAGCCAAAUAACUAAAAAACUUUGCUAGUAAAUAUUUAAAACAAAACUCUUGCUCUUCGUUAAAGUAACUCCGGUUAUUGCUAGCCAUAAAGAAGUGAAAUACACCAUUUUUCAAACAACCACAUUAUUUGAUCCUUCUGUUAUGCAACCUCUAAAUAAUUUACAAUACAUUUUGUACUCUGUUUAGCAGCUCUUUUUUACUAAGUGGUUACUGGAUAUUAGUCAGUAUCAUCCUAUCCAAAAUCAAACUUUUCUAACCACAUUUACGGUAUGGGUUCAGAUACGGAUGACAACAUUGCAGCUGGCUGUACGUUGUUUUUAAUGGUUGGAUUGAGUAAACCAUAAGACUGAGGUCUGUUCUUCCCAAACUGUCGAUACCUUUACAAUAAUGUAUCUGCUAACUUUAAGAAAACAUUUCUCAAAAGACGUUGUUAGUGAGUGGUUCAUGGUUAACAUUAUAUACAUAACAAGAUAAAAUGUGCACAAGUGGAAAGAUAUUAACAUAACUAUAAAAGUACAAAUCAGAUACAUAGAAACUAACUAUUUGACCUAGAAUUUAAAAAAUUAUCUACAGGAGAAAUAACACUAUUAGUUAAGGGGGUACAUUGGAAAAGAAGCGUUAUUUAAUACUCAUGGAUCUACAUUCGUAAAUAUAUUUAACGGGUCCAAUUUCUAAUAGUCAGUGAAAUAUAUAUACAUCGAAAAAUAGUAGUAUAAGGUACAAUUACCGGAUACAAAUGUAACGAUAUAACAUUAUUAACUUUCUAGCCUGAGUCUGAUCAUGAUAAAUAUUGAGAUAACAAGUAUUCUCUUGAUGAUAACAAUAUCAUGUAAAACUGUUCGAAAAUAUUAGAAUACUUAAUAACAUAGCUGGCAAGCCUUUACAAUUAAUGUGUAUUGUUCAUGUUGGUAUUUAGUUAGUUCUGAAUAAAAUAUGAUUUGUUUUGGGUAUGAAACCAAUGUUUACAAAUCUUUUGUUUAUCAUCUUAAUACUAGACUAUUAGUUAGAUAUUUAAUAUUAACACUAUUUAAUAAGUUAAAGACUGUUUCCUCUCAAGAACUAUUACCGAUAAUUUUUUCAAAUUUCGAUUAAACCUUAGAAUACUGAGUCGAAAUCACCAUUACAGAUUGAAAGUUAUUUGUUAACCAAAAAACUCAGGUCUAUGGAUUAUUGGAGAUGCCCAUAAAAUAAUAGAGUAGCUUCCUGAUGAAACUAAUUUUGUGAUACUUUUCAGGCAUUUCAGUUUGUAUCAUACAUUAUCAGUUAACCAGUUAGUCUAUGGUAAGCCACCUAUUUAUCAGUAAAUGUUAUGAAAUAAUUUUCAUAAAAACUUUAUUACUGCCAAUUAAAGACGGAACAGAGUUAUUUCAUCCGUGCCAAAGAAGUAAUUGAAAAGAUCCAUAAGGACGAUUCCUGCACCCUUCUCUGGGCGACUAGCUUAAUUAAAAUUAUUUAGAAUUAAACGAAUCCUAUUUUGUAGUACUUCUAUAUUUCAUAAUUAGACUUGAUGAAAUUUGACUUUGAUCACUCGAGUUUUGUAGUUCAGUUAAUAAAUCCUCAAAGGAGUAAUUUUAAACACCAUUCAUUCAAAUCCAUAUGAACCUCAUACCUUUGUUUCACUUAAUUCACAUCAAUUAUAUUGAUGAUAAAUUUCAUUAAAAAUUCAGUAGAUUUUUAAAAGUUCCAAUCGGAAUUAAAAUAUUUAGCUUUUCGCUUGAAAGUCUGAUGUGAAAUCCAUAUGGAAGUAAUAAAAAAAAAAACUAAUAUAAAUAUAUGGUUCAUAAAAUGACUAUAUUUUAAACAGUUGUCUUACUAUGUUGAUAUGCUGGAUUUGGAAUCUGUGUGAAGAUAAGUAAUUUGGUGUGAAAUUCUGUGAAAUUAUGGUAAGAAAACAAAUGUAUCUGCACGUAGAUCUGAUGCGGAAAGAUCAUUGAUCAUAUGGUUGGUGAUAAAGGUACUCAGUCUGACAGAUGUCAUAAGUCGGACCUAUCACAGUAUGUACAGAGAAUAAAAAAUAAAUGUAUCUUUGUGUUGUUGUGUUGAACAUAUAUAAACGUACAUAAUAACUGACUGGAACGAAUGGAUAGGCGUCUUCUUUUACAUAACAUCAGAUAAAACGGAAUUAGUAAAAUAAAUUCAUAUUUACUUUAUUGACCAUUAAAUUCUGAGGUGCAGCUAAAUAUGUUCCAUCUCUUCUAUUUGUAUAGUUUGCGAUUAGUCAUAUAUGCACGCGUAUUCCAUAAAUUCAACUCCCAACUUCUGUGAAGCUAUUUGUUAAAAUGUCAAAGUGAGGAAAGCUAGUAUCAAAUAAAUUCGAUUAUUACAUUUGUGAACGUUAAUUUGCUUCUCUUUACUCAGUUAAAUACAUAUUAGGACGAAACUGAAGACAAAAUUAUCUGAGGCAAAUCGUGGUUACUGGUUAAUUCGUAGAACACCUUGGCGUAACACUCGAAAAAUCUACUGAAUUUGUGUCUUAGUACAACUGAUACCAUUUAAAGUUAUUUAAAGCAGCCUGAUUUUAUGCUAGAUAAAAGAAGCUUUCUAUUCAAAUUUGUAUCAAGUAAUUCUGCUAACAAUGUGUUCGCGCAUAAGCGACUAUCAUUCUGUUCUUUGUGUAAUUGGUGGAAUCAUUAUUCAAUGUACUUACGGGUACUUUUAUACAAUCGGUAAUAUGGCUCCAUACAUUUUGGACUAUUUUCAAUACCAUAAUAAGUCAAUUUAUGAUAAUUCCAUCAUGUGGUUGACAUCAGUUGCUUUAGGAAUGGAGGCAUUAGCCAUGCCGAUUGGUGGAGCAUUGUACCGUAAAUUAGGAAUCAGGGCAGUGGUAAUAAUUAGCAGUUUAAUCCAUAGCGGAGGAAUCACCUUGAGUUAUUACACACUGAAAUUGGGAUUCAUUCCAUUACUGAUUACUUAUGGUGUAAUGCAGGGUUUCGGGUUUGGAUUCGGUUAUUCAGCUACUAUAGCUGCAUCAAUUGCAUGGUUUCAAAACAAUCGAGGUUUAAUUGUUGGCCUAAUUGUUGGUGGUUUCGGGGCUGGUCCCAUCAUCUUUACAUCGAUUCAAACAAUAUACAUUAAUCCAAAUAAUAUCAAGACAGAUGACAAAACAAAGCGAUUUGUAGAUGCUGAUCUACUUAACCGUGUUCCUUCUGUGUUUCUACUUAUUGGUGGUGUUUUGUUAGUUAUACAGUUAACCGGGUUAUAUUUGAUGAGAGAUAAACAAAAGAAGGCGAUUGUUCUGUUAACGAAUCACGACUUCAAGGAUCCAGAUAAGUCACAUGAAUUUCCACCUGUUAUAAAUUCAGUAAAUUUACGACCUUUGGAAUUAUUGAAACAGAAAGAAUUUUAUUUUUUAUGGAUCAUUAUAUUUUGUGCUGGAAUGCCUUUGACAUCGUUGGCAACACUUUUCAAGCUUUUUGGUAAAACUCAUAUUAACGAUGACAGAUUUCUUGCUAUUAUGGGUGUCGUUGCGGCUGUAUUUAAUUCCGUCGGACGUGCUUUCUGGGGUGCUAUCAGUGAUCGUAUUUCGUUCAAGGUUCCAUUGUGCAUCAUAUUUUUAUGCUGGUCACUUUUACUAACUUCAUUCCCACAUUUACCGUUGAUAUUUGGACCUCAAAUCAAAGUUGGUUUUGGUAUUUGGUUAUGUGGUCUCUAUUUAUUAAUUAGUGGUGUGCUUGUCUAUGCACCAACUGCUACAGAAACCUUAUUUGGACCAAUUAAUAUGGCUGUAAACUACGGAUUAGUUUUCAAUGCAUUUGUAUUCGGUGGUCUAUUCGUUUCGCUAUUGUCCAUCCUAAUUCCACAGUUUCAUGAAUGGGAUAAUCUAUUUUAUCUAUGUGCUGCAAUGUGUAUUUUAGCUUUAUUAAUUGUGCCAUGGAUAUAUGAUAGGAAAAUGCCUAAAUAUUUCAGCUUGUUUCGAUUUUAUAGGCAAAGUCACAGUUGAAUUCUUCUAAUAACUUGUUCGACAAAUACUGUUAUCCUGAAAAAUUAUCAUAGUUUUUUUAACAGGGAAACACGAAACUUAUCUUUUAUUGGUGUCAUUUCAAAAAUAUAAUUUCAUCUGAGCAAAUGGACAGAAUUAAUAACCUCUUUUUAUAAAAUUAGCAUAUCUCAGAAAAUACAUGGUCCCUUUCAUCAAUUUACAUUUGAUUUGCAAAAUUUAUCAAUCGCAUGUACCAGAUAAUCAUAAUGAUAAUAAUCAGUUAAUACAUUAUAAUUAUGUCAUGGAAAUGUUUUACCUUCUGAACUAACUUACAAAAUUCAGCCGAAUGUUCAGCCGAAUUCAUUGUUAUUUAAUUGAAUGAUGAGUAUUUUCAUACUAGCAGGGUUUCUUUACUUAAAAUUUUUCCAUUUCAUCUCAUUAUUCACAAUAAAUGCAUUGGGUAGAUGCAUAUUCAUUUACUAAAAGAUUUAAUGAAGUUCUAGGAUUGAAUAUUGUCAUCUAUAUUUACAGAAUAUACAAAUAUAACUUUAUGAAUGUAUGUGUUGAACUAUAUUAUUUAUGCUCGAACCUGACUAUCCCAUAUCAUAAUAUCUCAAACUCUAGAUUGUUGGUGUUCUAAGCCAAAUCACUUGAACACUUAUGUCUAAUCAACACACUUAUGUAUAUUUUUCAUCAUAUUACCUCAUUUUGUUUUAAUCUGAAUAACCUUAUUACCAUUUAUGUGAUUCAUCAACGGUAGGUAUCCCGAAUUCUUUCAAGAUAAACAGGAUCCUUAACAUCCACACAUGGCUAAGCGUCAUGACAAACGCGUCAAUCGUAAGAAUCGUUUAAAAACCAUAGGCUCGGUCAUCUAUGUCACAU